UUGAAGUACAUUGAUUCUAAAAAGUCUAAACGAGGUUGAACACAUCACUUGUUUUCUGAGAAUGGUGGAAAAAUAUAAUUUUGGUGCAUAAAAAACAUUUUACAAUCAUGAGGGUAGAUUUCAGAAGACUCGACAUUUAUAGAAAGGUUCCUAAGGACCUAACACAACCAACAUACACAGGAGCAAUGGUGUCUGUCUGCAGUAUUUUGUUCAUCAUAUUUCUCAUGAUGUCAGAGCUUUCAGGGUUUCUAAAAACUGAAUUAGUCAGUGAGCUGUUUGUUGAUAUGCCAUCAACUGCAGAAAGAAUGCCAGUUAGACUUAACAUAACUUUACCAAAAAUGAAUUGUCAAUUCGUUGGACUUGAUAUUCAAGAUGAAAUGGGAAGGCAUGAAGUUGGCUUUCAUGAAAAUACUCACAAAGUUGACCUUUCAGAUGGAGGUUGUCGAUUUGAAGGGACAUUUCAUGUCAAUCGGGUUCCAGGAAAUUUUCAUGUCUCAACCCAUGGCGCAGAUCACCAGCCUACAAAUUUUGACAUGACGCAUGUUGUAAAUGGUUUGCAGUUUGGCGAUGUCAUACAUGAUCAGCAAGUGCAAGGCGCUUUCAAAGCCUUAGCAAACCACAAACAACUUGAGUCGAACGCAUUGUCCUCGCAUGAUUAUGUCCUGAGAAUUGUGCCUACUAUUUACGAAAGAUUAGAUGGCACAACCCAGAAUUCUUUCCAAUAUACGUGGGCACACAAGGAGUAUACAUCAUAUGGACAUGGUGGAAUGGGUAUUGUUCCUGCCAUCUGGUUUCGAUAUGAUCUCAGCGCAAUUACAGUAAAAUACGUCGAAAGACGGAAACCUCUGUACCACUUUAUAACCACAGUGUGUGCCAUUGUCGGUGGGACAUUUACUGUCGCUGGAAUAAUAGACUCGAUGAUUUAUACAGCAAAUGAGAUAUUCAGAAAAGCAGAAAUUGGUAAACUAAGUUGAUGCAAGCAAAUAGCAAGAAAUGGGCUGAGGUAUCUAGUUGGACCAGCUAUCUCUCUAUCUCUACCCUGAGGCAGAAGAUCUGCCCUCUGCAAGUCUGCCAUAAAUGUAUUUAUUUUAAGUGACUCUCAAAAAAGGUUUCCUGCCAUAUAGCUUUGUGUUUCAUUAUAGUUGAUCUUAGAAUUGCAUAAAACUGUGAAUAAUGAUUACAGAAUAUCCGAAUUAGUCUUCCCUUGGC